UUUGAAGUUAGAUAAUCAUUAAUAAAGAGGUAGCUUAAAAGACUAAACACACACAAACGCAUCAUUCAUCUUUUCAAAGGGUCAUCAUGAGGAUUGACGUUGCUCUACAGCUGGGCUUCUGUAGCCUGUGUCUAACUCUGGCACUUCUUGGUGAAGGAAUGGGAGUUCAGGCGCUUCCUGAUCCACCAGCUGUGGACUGUGCAUGGGGCCGCUGGUCAGAAUGGAGUGCUUGUGAUCCCUGCACAAAAACCAGAAGGCGCUCUCGAACUGUAGAAGUGUUUGGCCAGUUUGGGGGUAAGGCCUGCAAGGGAUCACUCGGGGACAGAGAGUCCUGUGUGACUGAUGCUGAAUGUCAACAGCCGCCUCCCCCCGAGUGCUCAGACUCAGAGUUCCAGUGUGAGUCAGGAGCCUGCAUUAAGAAGAGAUUAAUGUGCAAUGGGGACUACGAUUGUGAGGAUGGAUCAGAUGAGGACUGUGAACCUGUGCGUAAACCCUGCGGCAAUGCAAUCCUGGAUAACAAUGAGCAAGGCAGGACAGCAGGAUACGGAAUCAACAUCUUGGGUGCAGAUCCUCGAAUGAACCCCUUCAACAAUGAUUACUUCAACGGUAGAUGUGACCGAGCAAGGAAUCCAAACACUGGCCAGUAUGACAGGCUUCCCUGGAAUGUUGGUGUGCUCAGCUAUCAGACGCUGGUGGAAGAAACAGUUUCCAAAGAAAUCUAUGAGGACUCACACAGCCUCCUGAGGGAAAUGCUGAAAGAGAUGAGUUCUAAUGUCGAUGUAGGACUGUCGUUCAAAUUCAAGCCAACUGAGGACUCCUUGUCCGAUAUUCCUCUAAACCUUACUAUAGAGCAACAGUACGAAAAAAAAGCGAUGAUUAGAGAGGUCACGGAAUACACUUCUGCUGAGAACAAGAGCUUCAUGAGGGUGACGGGCAAAUUACAGAUGAGCACCUACAGGAUGCGCUCACGUGAGCUCCAAGUGGCUGAUGAAUUCCUGCGGCAUGUCAAAUCUUUGCCUUUGGAGUAUGAGAAGGGUAUUUAUUUUGCCUUCCUGGAAGACUAUGGCACCCACUACACCAAAAAUGGGAAGUCUGGUGGCGAAUAUGAAUUGAUUUACGUUCUCAACCAGGAUAUCAUCAAGGCAAAAAAUCUGACAGAGAGAAGGAUUCAAGAUUGCGUCAAAUUAGGCAUCACAGCAGAAUUUGCUACCACAACUUUGCAUGAUGGAAAAGCACAUUACAAACCAAGCGGGUGUGAUAAUGUAACAACAAACGAAACAGGUGUUACUGAUGGAAAAGCAGUGGUGGAUAAGGUGAUGACAUCAGUCAAAGGAGGUACUCUCCCAACUGCUGUUACUAUGAGGGCCAGAUUAAAUAAGGAAGGGGUGAUGGACAUUGCUACGUAUCAGGCAUGGGCCCAAUCCAUCCCAAAUGCCCCUGCACUGCUCAACAGUGAGCCAGAGCCCAUCUACAUGUUAAUUCCUCUGGAAAUGCCGGGCGCCAACUCCAGGAUAUCAAACCUGAAGCAGGCCACAACAGACUACGUGUCAGAAUAUAGCGUGUGCAAGUGUAAGCCGUGUCAGAACGGAGGCACUCUGACUCUGCUGGAUGGAGAGUGUCUGUGUCUGUGCCCUCACCUGUUCGAAGGCCUCGCUUGCCAGAACUUCAAAAGCGAUAAAUCUAGAACCCCAGGCAGAAGACCUCCUGUUGUUCAUGAAGGUAACUGGUCAUGCUGGUCUGCCUGGUCCAACUGCAGCGGAGGAAAACGCGACAGGACGCGUGGCUGCAACUCAGACGGAGUCAACGGAGCUGCGUGCAGAGGAGACGCUCGCAGUGAAGAAUACUGCUGAGUGCACAGAAGAGCAUUUAACACACAGAAUCGCAAUUGAAAUGACAGUUCUAUAUUUGUAGAUGUUUGUUUUGGUUUAUUUUUUUAUGAUUUAAGUAUGUGGAGUAUACUUUAUCAACUGUAAAUAUGUACACAUAGGGGUUUAGUUGAAAAUAAUCUUUGUUAAGCUUUAAUAAAAACAAUUUGUGUCAGAAAA